GAGUCGGCGCUGUGGCUUCACAUAUGUCGGUCCGCCUCGACAAUCCAUUCGACAGCCACCGGGCGCGGCACAAGGCUACUCACGACCAUAGCUGCACUCCAGCUGUGGCAGCACUGCUGGCACCCAUGCAGGCGGUUCCAGUCGCUCAGCUCACAGCUUCUAACCACGCCGAAGAUUUGGGCAGCCUUGCAGACACCCCAAGGGACCUGGAUAUGUUCGACCCGGAUGUACAAGACGAACCAGCAAAUGAAGUCGUAUUUUCACAUCCAACACCAAUGCUUGAGCCAGCCUCGAAUGAUUCGAACGCACUUCAACAAAGCAGAAAAAUUUCCCACAGUACUCUUUGUGCUUCUGGUGAGACAACACGCACAGGACGAAAGACAGCUCGAGCAUCAAAGCUGGAGGAAGAACUCGAGGCACGUCUAGAGGCUGUUGCGGAAGAAAGAAGGCAAAGGCGGAAGGAACACUUGUUUCGCAUGCGCAUGAUGCGAGCAGAGGGAAAAGAAAGAAAGGCAAUUAAUGACCAAAAAUUGAAGAAUGCAGAAGCAAUGUCCCUUCUCUUGAAGUUAAAAGUGGAGCUGCUGAAGAAGCAGCUACAAUAAAUUACAUACUUUCCCCCCACCCCGCCCGAAAGAAACUGCCGGAGUGACAUAGAAUAAAGUUUAUUCAGUCAUUAAU